UGGAAAGAGACAUUGAAAGACAAUAGAUAAAGGAGAGGAUGUCACAUUCUCUAUAAUCUAAUUAGCACAUAAUACACGGGGUUCAUCAACUAAAGCGGAGCAAACCGUUGUUCCGGAUUCGUAAGUACCCAAGUAUCGACCUAUUAGCUUGUCAAAUCUUAUUUCUCCGGAUUUCUCCCGAGAUCCCGGGUCCCUCUACGUAAUUGUCGUGCUGCGGGUCCAGCAUUCCCAUGAACUUUGAUAAUUCAACAUUUCACACACUUAGAACCCUUUCCUCACAAUCAACUCACACCACUUAUAAGAAGACAUUUUCCAAAGGAGAAAAUCACAUAUAAUAAUUAUCCUGUACAUCACGUAAAAAUGUCCUCAAAAACCCCCUCCUCCGAGGCAAAAAGGCCUAAAAAAAGCAUCCUAAAAAAACCAACCACAAACUUCCCAUCCACAGACGCCACGGCACCUCCCAUCUCGCCUCUCCCCGUAAAAGAACACACCCCCAACAGCGACCCCAAACCCACAGCGCGCGAAGCCGCCAUCCAGCAAGCGCGCAUAAUCCAACAACAAUUCGAACUCGAGGACCGAAUCCAAGAUACCAUCAUCGAGCUAGCGCGCUUCCCCCUAACCCCCCCCUCAGGCAAAACCUACACAGCAUCCACCCCGCACCCCAACGACACAUCUUCCUUCCUACAUCUAGUCUCCCUCCUCCAACCAGGUGACUACGAAGACCUAAUCGAAGAACGCAACACCCUCAACAAAUGCGGCUACGCCCUGUGCCCCAACCCACGCCUCAAACUAGGCAAAGGCGGCGAAUUCAAACUCAUCAAUUUCGGACGCAAAGACUUCGGCAUCGUACCACGGAAAGAACUCGAGCGAUGGUGUGACCGCAGUUGCGCGCGACGCGCCAUGUACGUCAAAGUCCAACUCGCAGAAGUCGCGGCGGCGGUGCGCGCGGGGUUACCAGCUGCGCCUGUGGAGUUGUAUGAAGAACCUGGGAGUACUACGAAUGGGAAGGGGGAUAAGGAGAUGGAGGAACAGCGCAAGGCGGCGCAAGAUGCUAAAGACUUGGCGCUCGAGCGUGGGGAUGCGAAAGAUGGGAAACCGUCGGGUGGUGGACAGGUUACCGUGACUAUCCGGGAGAAACCAGUGGCUCAGAACGUGCAGGAACCGUCUCUGGCGGAGGAUGGCGAGGGGCACUUAGUGCUGGAUGGUUAUAAGCAGAGAUUUGACCCGAAGACACAGACGACGAGACGGAUGACGAGUGAGGAGAUUUCUACGAUGGCGGCGACUGCAUUUGAUGAUUUAUUCGGAUGAUUGUAUAGAGCAGUCAAAAUUACUACUAGCAUACUAAGGCGCUAUUAUUAGAAUAAGAUACCCCUUGCGUAAACGCAAGAUGGCUAGCAUAGCCAAAGAACCAAUUUAAUAGAUCCAUAAAUCAUCGCAACGACCAUUCAUAUACAGCUACAUCCACAUCAUAUUCUUAAUGGUCGUAAGUUGUAUCAAGCAUAAAUCAUAACCAUAUACGUCGUGGGCAGUUAUUUUGGCAUCUUCCUAUUAUCAUAACCGCUCUGCCCACACCUACCUUAAUACCAAGUGUACAGUGACAACAUGGACCUAAUAAUGUUAAAUUCAAGUUCAAGCACAAAUCACAUAUCAAGGGGAGA